GGCGGCAGGCCUCCGCGCAGGCGCGCUGCGGAGGGAGGCGGGGGAGAGGCGCGCCCGCCUUCCUGGCUGAGGAACGGGCGGAGGACCGAGCGCGGAAGGGGCAGGCCCGGCCGAGCCAGGCGCGACGGAUGGAGGCUCGUGGGGAGCCGCCAGCGGAAAGGAUGAGCCAGGGUGACUCAAACUCAGCUGCAAUCCCACACGCAGCUGAAGAUGUUCAGGGUGAUGACAGAUGGAUGUCACAGCAUAACCGAUUUGUUUUGGACUGCAAGGACAAGGAACCAGAUGUGCUGUUUGUUGGAGACUCCAUGGUGCAGCUGCUACAGCAGUAUGAGAUUUGGCGAAAGCUCUUUUCACCACUACAUGCAUUGAAUUUUGGGAUUGGAGGGGACACAACAGGACAUGUUUUGUGGAGACUGAAGAAUGGUGAACUGGAAAAUAUUAAACCCAAGGUUAUUGUUCUUUGGGUUGGAACAAACAACCAUGAAAACACAGCAGAGGAAGUAGCUGGUGGAAUAGAAGCCAUUGUGAGAUUGAUCAAUGUGCGUCAGCCCCAGGCCAAGAUUAUUGUACUGGGCUUGUUACCACGUGGUGAGAAGCCAAACCCACUGCGGGAGAAGAACAGCAGGGUGAACCAGCUCCUGAAGGCCUCGUUGCCCAAGCUCUCCAAUGUUCAGCUGCUGGACGUGGAUGUGGGCUUUGUGCAUUCAGAUGGCACCAUCUCCUGCCAUGACAUGUUUGAUUUUCUGCAUCUAACGGGUGCUGGCUACUCCAAGAUCUGCAAGCCCCUCCAUGAACUGAUCAUGCAGCUGCUGGAGGAGACCCCUGAAGAGAAGCAGGCAAUGCUGGCCUGAGCACCAGCCCCAGCAGGGUUAAUGGCAUCCCAGCCCCACCAGCGCAGUUCUUCACCCUGGCACUACAGAAUCCUCCUUACUCAAAGCACUUUUCCAUUGUUGAAUGUUACCGGGUGUUGUGUUGAGCAUUGGAAGGGGGGAAGCUGGUGUAAUGGCAUCUGGCUCCACCAAGAAAGUCAUUUACCCGCAGGGUGAAAUUGACCACAGAAGGAUUUUACUUUUCAGUUGUUUGUUUAGGGUGCAAGCAUCCUUAACUUUCCUCCUCACUGCCAGUUUUCCCCCCUUGGUGUUUUGCCAGGCAUAUUUCAACUUCCUUUAAGACUCUCUCUGUCUUAGCCCACUAUUUACACUCACAGACUGCUCUCUGAACCCAAAACAGCAGUUUCUUUAACAGCCGGAAUGGCUUUCUGGCUUUGGCAGGAGCGACAGCCAAACAAACCCCAGUGAUAACAUUUCUGUGACACUUUUAGAUGAGAAGUGUUCAGCAAAUGAGCUCAUCUAAAGCAGUCCUAACCCCAUUGGUUUUCUCUGGCUUGCUGGAUGCCAUUUCCCUUUUGUGUGGUGAAGACAGGUGAGGUUGUCCAGUUGAGCAUCCUUGGGAAAGCUGAUCCCUCGUCUGUGUUUUGGUAUUACAUUCCCAGCUUUUAAAAGGCCCGCCUGUAGUUUUGCAGCCCAGCUGAACAAGCCAUUCCCCACCCCCAGCUCUAAAACUGACAUUUCCUCUCGCUGUGAUGUCGUGUGCUGCAGAAUGCUGUGCGAAACUGCUCGUGUUUGUUGUUUUCACUUUUUAAAAAAAGAAAAAUGGCAAAAUGCAAAUGACUGUUACUUUUCUUCUCAAGGUAUAAUAACCUGUAGUCCUUUCCGUUCUCACCUGGCCUGAAAAAGGCAAAAGGUUUGUGUAUCCCAAGGUGUAGGUUUCUUUGUUGUGUCUGCCUGUCUUGUACAAGCAUUUUAUUCAAGCCGGUGAGGCCUCUGACCAUAGAGGGCCAAAUCGUGUCGCGUCCUUUCCCCCUCCCAACCUGACCGUGCUUCCCCUUCAGUAGAGGGAGCUGUGGGGAGAGUAGCCAGCUUUUAGGGACCCUACAAGAAGGCUGAGUGUUUUUAGGAGACAGAGGUUAGCAAGGGCAUAAAGCCUUAAUUAACUAUUUUUCCCCACAAAGGACAGCAACUUUCAGAUCUCUCGUUUGUUUUUGAGUCAGCUAAGCAACAUCAGCAGUUGAGUCUUUGCCCGUCAAUCACAGCACAAACAUGUGCCUUCUCACCCCGCCCCCAAAAGAAGGUUUUGUGCUUGCAACUUCUGUGGCUGCUUCUGUUAUAAAAAUGCUUCCUCCAUGUACAAGGGGGUGCCACACAUGAGCAUUUCCUCUGCCCUUUGUCCUUCCCUGGUGGCUUCCAAGUAGGAGCCUCCCUAUUGUUUGUCUCAUCUCUUCUUGCAUUGCAGACUUUCUCCACCAUAAACAGGAGAAUCCCAAAAGUGCCCCGGGCAUUCUUUAGUCUUAGAAUCUUGGCAUGCCAAAGCCCUACAGGGCAGGAUUUGAGGAGGAAGCUGAGGGCAGCCAAGAUGGAGCCAGCUGACUGCUGCAGAGGCGUUGGGCCUUUGGUAGCAAAGGGGAUGCUUUCCCUAGAACUAUGUGGCAUUCCCUUCACAUGAGCUGGCCAGCUGAUGAAAAGCUGUAAGGCACCCAGAGCCAUCUGUCUUUGGCUGAGAAGCUCGAAAAGGGCGAGCUAAGAGGGCCCCACAGUCUUGGCACAGUGCCUGGCUCAGCUGAGCCCAACUUCCCUGCAGUUUGCCAUUUGCCCGACAUGCUGUCCUGUCUCCUCCCCAGAAGUAGGGCACUGCCCUCUCGCCAAGAAGGCAUUUUGCCCUCAGCAUGACUGGGAGAUGUGGCAGCAGCGCCCCCUCUGGCUACUCAAACAAGCAGUGUCUCUUGGAUUUCUGUCGGCCUCCACCAGUGCCAGCCAUCUGGGUCAUGCUCCUCAGUAGCUGCCAGGGGUCAUGAUCCUGGGAAAUGUGGAGAAGUUGUUCUGUCUGCUCCUCGGAAGCUGCUGCUCUCCCUCUCCCCAGCUUGUUGAGCUUUUAGUCAGAUCCUUUCUUUAGUCUUGUUGCUGUUUCUGUCGUGUGCUGCAGCCCGGAAUCUUGUUUGUCCCGUGGUGUAGGAGCAUUGCCAAUUUUAUAUUUAUUGCAGCAAAGGAAAGUGUGAAACAAAGGUUAGAGAUUGUUGUCUUGUAAUGCGUAUGUGGCUGUAACUGGGGGCCUGCAGAGGGAAUUGUGCAGGCCAGCAGCUUGCUUGCUUCAAGUUGUGGGGAUGCAACGGAACCCCUGCUUUGCUGCUGGGAGGGAGUGUGCUCUCCCCACCCCUUACAGGAGUAGCUGACUGGACUCUCCACUCCCGCCCUGCAACAGCAAUGAUUCUGCUUUGGCAAGAUGGCAUGGAUGACCGGUAGCGUGCCCUCUUUAGUGCAUAUUUCAAUAUAAAUGUAUGUUUCACCAGUGA